AUGUCUGUGGAACAAGGACACCGCCUUUACGUCAAGGGACGCCACCUGAGCUACCAGCGCGCCAAGCACACCACCAACCCCAACACCUCCCUGGUGAAGAUUGAGGGUGUCGACGACCCCAAGGCCGCCAGCUUCUACCUUGGCAAGAAGGUCGCUUUCGUUUACCGUGCCAAGCGUGAGGUCCGCGGCUCCAACAUCCGGGUGAUCUGGGGCAAGGUAACUCCGGUGUUGUUCGCGCCAAGUUCCGCAACAACCUCCCCCCCCAAGUCCUUCGGUGCCACCGUCCGCGUCAUGCUCUACCCCUCCAACAUCUAAACGGCUUCUCUGUAUCUAGUGGGCGAUUCUC